AUGCCUCUUAUGAAUUCCGAGACGCGAGAAAUCCUGCUCUUUGCAAUGCGCGAACACCAGCGCAUCUUGGAAGAACAGACCAGGGCGAUGAGGCGAACUUUGGAGGUGCAGUCGCAGGCAAUGCAGCACACCAUCGAGACACAAGGCCGCCAAGUCACGCGCCUGAUCGCUUUUGGCGGCCUGACCGCAAUCUUCUCGAAGUUCUGGCAAGACAUUCCCAUCUGGCUUCGGGACAAGCGCUGGUCGAUUGCUGCUGCUUACGGCCUAGGUGUCGUGCGCUCACAUUCCUGGGGCGGUUUCUGCUAUCUGCGACAGCUGGCACCUGGAAUUGUUUUCAUUGGACAACUCGGGGUCAACACAGCAGCCGAGGUCACUGCUGGAGUGGUUGGCAUCUUCAGGGAUGUGUCAGGCUGUAAAGCAGUGCGUCUUUACUUGAAUAAGGAGUCCAUGGCAAGCAAAGCGAGAUCACAUGUUUUCCAUGCCGCUCACUUGCCAAAAGCUCUGAAGGGCAUCGGCUGUGUCGACAAAAGCAUCAAGGUGGAGCGGGCCCGCUCGGACAAGACAGGAAACAGAGUCGAGGCCCUUGCCAACUUUGGAGCCUUUGACGCCACAGGGUCAAGCGCCUUCGCCUCAGUUACAUGUGCCUGCAAGAAAUAUGAUUGGUGCGAGAAUGAACGAAACGACAGGCCCGGGUCCUCAAGCACUCCAACGGCUUGUGCGCUUCUGGCUCGGCAUGUGGUCAGUGUUGGCGUGGAUUGCCAUACGGAUGAAGUCGUAGAUUUGCAGCUCGUGCGCCGCAUUGUAAGGUUUCUCACCUGUCGUGUUUUGAAAUUUGGCAAGGAGGCCACAAUGCUUGUGGGAGACGGAGAGGCCCUGCCUGCGCGAUCCCAGACACUGCCGCAGCAAGCGGCCCUGUUCCGGAAGCACGUAGUGGGCACCGACCUCUUCUUGCUGCAGCACAUUGACACACAGAAGUGUGUCGUUCCGUAUGGCGCUGCGGACAGGCCAUCUGACGGCACGCCCUUGACGAUCCAUCAGGACUGCAACCCGGGGCGCAUGAGCUUGCGAUUUCAGACCUCGAAAGCAGCCUCGAGCCGAGCGGUGCCUCUGGAGACGAGGGCCUACAGCGUGGACAGCGUGGAGAGCGUUCCGCUCUCGCACUCUCAGGGCUCUCAGAGCUCCCAGGGCUUUCAGAGCCCUCAGAGCCCUCAGAGUUUUCAGAGCUCUCAGGGCUCUCAGGGCCCUCCGAGCCCUCAGGGCCCUCCGAGCCCUCAGGGCUCUCAGAGCUCUCAGGCCCAGGCUGGAGAUGUCGUUGUGUCUCAGUGGCCGUGUGACAGUGUUUGUCAGUGCUUGACAGUGUUUGACGGCGCUCCUACGUGGUGUUGCAGGCUGCCACAACCCUCGUGCACUUGA